AUGGAAUUUGUGAACCUCUUCACACAAAAACCAAAAUAUGAUUGCCUUCUUUUUGAUUUAGAUGAUACUUUGUAUCCACUCAGUUCUGGUCUUGCAGAAGCAUGUCGACAAAAUUUUAAAGACUACAUGGAAGAAAUGCUUUGCAUAGAUCCAAGAAAAUCUGAUAAUUUAUGCACCCUUCUUUACAAGAAUUAUGGAACAACUCUAGCAGGAUUAAAGGCAAUUGGAUAUGACUUUGACUAUGACGAACUUCACAGUUUUGUUCAUGGGAGAUUACCUUAUGUGAACUUGAAACCAGACCCAGUUCUAAGGAAAAUGUUGAUGAGCCUGCCCUAUAGGAAACUUAUCUUCACAAAUGCAGACAAAGUUCAUGCUCUUAAGACACUAAACAUACUUGGAUUAGAAGAUUGCUUUGAAGGAAUUAUUUGUUUUGAGACUCUUAAUCCAAUCCACAGGAGCAGUGUCUCAACCAAUCCCAGUGGAAUCCUGCCAAAGUCACCAAUUGUUUGUAAACCAUCAGAAAAUGCCAUUCAAUUGGCUCUCAAAAUAGCCAACCUUGACCCACAUAGAACUUUGUUCUUUGAGGACAGUGUCCGCAACAUACAAGCUGGAAAACGAGUAGGACUCGACACUGUGCUGAUUGGCACAUCACAGAAAGUUCAAGGUGCAGAUUAUGCAUUGGAAAGCAUCCAUAACCUUCCUGAGGCAAUUCCUGAUCUAUGGGAGGCUGACUUAAAGUCGGAAGUUGUGUACACUGGGAAGCUUGCUGUAGAGACAACAGUAACUGCUUAA